UUUUGGGUGCUUGUUGUUGUAAUUUUGAAAAAGUGCAAUUGUUUACUAAAAUGUAUUUGAAUACAUUUAAUUUAUUGCAUUUAAUUUUUUGAAAUCAAGCAUAUUGAGCCGAAAGAGUUGUCUAUUAAAAGCGUUGCUGAUCUCUUUUGAACAUGGCUCUGCCUGCAAAUUAUAGACAAGCUCAAAUUAUUGCUGCACCAUCUCCGAGUGCUCCACAAAGACCACGUUCUCAGGGGUCAAACUCAAACUCUUCAUCAUCAUCAAAUCAAACACCAUCAUCUAGUUCCAGCAGUCCAUUUGUGCAGUCUUCUCAUGGACAUCCAUCUUUUACUCCUGUAAAGCUUGGAUCACGAGGAUCAAGUGGUGCCGAUAGCCGUGUGCCCAAGCCUCCGAAACCUCCGGAUAAGCCUUUAAUGCCAUACAUGAGAUACAGCAGAAAGGUAUGGGAUCAAGUCAAAGCUCAAAAUCAGGAUUUAAAGCUAUGGGAGAUAGGAAAAAUCAUAGGGCAAAUGUGGAGAGAGUUGCCUGAUGAAUCGAAGCAAGAGUAUGUUGAUGAUUACGAGGCAGAAAAGAUUGAAUACAAUGAAGCUCUUAAAUCUUAUCAUAAUUCUCCAGCAUACCAAGCGUGGGUUGCAGCUAAAGUGAGAGCCCAACAAGCUGCUGAAGAAAGGGAAGCUCUUGAACGUAGUCCAGCUGCAUCUCUUAUUGCACCUCAAAAGAUGGAUGGAAAAAUGUGCAUUCAGCCUGCUGAAGAUGAUGAUGAAUUGGAUGAAUUCUCUGUGAAGCAUUUAUCCUCUGCAAGAUAUUUGCGAAAUCAUCGUCUCAUCAAUGAAAUCUUCAGUGAUACUGUUGUUCCAGAUGUGCGAUCUGUCGUCACAACCGCAAGGAUGAGUGUUUUGAAAAGACAAGUUCAAUCCCUUACUAUGCAUCAAAAAAAAUUAGAAGCAGAGCUGCAGCAAAUUGAAGAAAAAUUUGAAGCUAAGAAAAGAAAAUUCUUGGAGGCAAGUGAUACAUUUCAAGAAGAACUGAAAAAGAGAUGUACAAAAGCUGUUGAUGACGAUGCUUAUCAAAAAAUGGUGGAUCGGGCUGUGGAACAAAUAAAACGAGACAUUUCAUCUCGAGACAACCGCUCACGAGGUGAUUCGGCUGCAUCGACUCCUCAGCAAGAGCAAUCUGAGAGCAAUGAGGAGAGUACAGAAAAAACGGAUCAGCCAUUUGCAUUUAAUUCAGCGAAAAGUGAUUCAGAUGCCAGUGAGAGUGCUAUACAACAGAAAGAUAGCCAAAGCAUGGAUGCUGUGAAUGAAGAAGAAGGGUCACCAAAAGAGCAGAACAUGGCUACUUUUAAUCGAUUGAAUUUAAGUUCAACCCAAGAGAAUACCAAUAUUCAGCAAAAUUCAGCAUCAUUUUCUUCUAAUGCAGUCGGACCACAAUCGCAUAUUCCAGAAUCUCAUCAACAACCUAUGCAGCCAAACUACUCGGAUGGCAUGAAACAAGAUUCAUUUUAAUGGAAGGUGGAAAAACCUUGACACUGAAGAUCACUUGCAUUCAAAAAACUCCCUUGACUUGUUUUUAAUUCUGAUACUUUUCUUAAAUGCAGUUCAUGUUAAUAUGAUGUGAAAAAAUGUUGUAUGAAUGUCUUUCUUCUGUCGUACCCAAUUUUUAUUUAAAAAUUUUCUUGAUUCAAAAAAUAAAUGCUUUUGUGAUCAUGCUA